AUUAACAGCAGUAACAUCAAACAUGUCUAGGUGGAGAGAUAUUAUUAUUGUAUUGUUGCUGAGCUGUCAGACUGCUAUCAGUUUAGAAAAGAAAACUGUUCUUAUUGAGACUCUAAAUGGACCGGUUCUUGGAAGCGUUGAGAGUGCUCUGGAUCCAAGAUUCAACCAGAGUAUUGAAUAUAAAGCUUUCUAUGGGAUUCCCUUUGCACAGCCGCCACUUGGAGAUCUACGUUUUCGACCACCCCAACCAGUGUCCAAUUGGACAGAGCCAAUCAAUGCAACAGAACAGAAUUACAGAAUAUGUUACCAGGUUGGAGGAAUCAUGUCAGCUGUUGGAGCACAUGAAGAGGAGACAGAUGAUUGUUUACAGUUGACAGUUUAUGUGCCUUUAAUCUCAAAUAGUUCAUCUUCUUCUUCAAUGCCAGUUCUUCUAUGGAUCUCAGGCGGAGGGUUUCUGAUAGGAGGAAGUCAUUGGUAUGGACCAGAUUUUCUAAUGAUUCACGAGGUUAUCCUUGUUGUCAUCAACUACAGAGUUGGUCCUCUUGGAUUCCUAACCUUGGGGACUCAAGAUGCACCUGGAAAUAUGGGACUUCUUGACCAGAUUGCUGCACUGCAAUGGGUCCAGGAUAAUAUUGCCUUGUUUGGAGGUGAUCCAGACAGAGUAACUGUGGCUGGUGAAUCUGCAGGAAGUUUUUCAACCUUUUACCAUCUUGCAUCUCCUAAAAGCAAAGGACUGUUUAAAAGAAUUAUUGGUCAGAGUGGACUGGGUGGUUUAGCUCCAGGAUUUCAUCAGUUUACACCACAGGAAGCAAUCAGAUAUGGUCAUGAAGCUGCUAUAGAAGUUGGAUGUCUUCAGUUGUUUCCUGAGGCAAUACUUGACUGUUUGAAGCAUGAAUCUGACUUCUGGUUGAGUCUGGUAGACUUUGCAAUUGGUGUAUUGUCUCAGCCUGUAGUGGAUGGACAAAUUACAGAUGACCCUUACCUCCCGGAAUAUCCAGAAAUUGUUUUUCAGAGCGGGAAUUAUGAUAGGAGCGUGGACAUCCUAUUGGGAGCAAACUAUAAUGAGGGACUCCUCAUCACUCAAGCAUUCAUAGCACUUCCUUUUCUUCUUCCGGUAGCAAUGGAUCAGUGGGAUACUCUGGGACCUUUAUCCUUGUUUAUGAAGAAAGCCUUACAAGUUACUGAUGAAGACAGUUUAUUAGCUAGAGAAAUACUUCAACAUUACACUGGACGUACCCCGGAAGAAGUGACCAUGGAUGACCUUCCUAAACUGACCGACAUGUUUACAGAUGCAUUCUUCUGGUUUGGAAACCAUAGGUUUAUUGAGAUGCAUAGAGGACAUGCUGAGGGUACAUUUUAUCAGUAUAUAAAUAAACAUAUUAAUGACGAUUUUCAGUUUACCUGGACGGGUCUUAAAUCUCUCCCUGGAGUUUGUCAUGCAGAUGAGCUGUGUUUAAUCUUUUCUCCUAUACUAACUAAUCAAAAUAAAGAAAGAAGUGCCCGAGAUCUGCAGGUAUCCAAGUUUAUUACAACUGCUUGGACUAACUUCAUGAAAACAGGAGACCCAGGUCUAGGCUGGCAAUCUAUUUCAAGCACUGAUUGGAUGUAUAUGAGUAUUGGAGAGGAGCCUGUAAUGGAAGUGGAAGAGGAUUACAUACAAAGAAUGGAUUAUUGGAAAAACAUUCUUCCAAGAAUACCGGAAUAUUAAAUUUAUCAACAACAAAAACAUAUUCUUUAUUUCAUAGUAAUAAAUAAUUUAUAAAAGA